UGUCAUAACGCAGAUCUUCCAACGCCUCUCGUUAAGGAUCUUCUUCCUCAUCUGACUGUAUGUCAACUGGAUGAGCUACAGCCUGCCCUAAAUCAGAGAGGGAUAUCGACUCACUCAGGAUGGGUUGGAGUUCUACAGGACAUGUGUGGACCUAACCAUGUAAUAGACUUGAACACAGAAGAAGAGGCCAAACACGAAGUUAUGAGAAUGCUUUUUACGCUUGUAUUCUACGGCUUCACAAACCCCUUCGUCAAAAGAAACAUCACAAAUUUAAGCAGCCCAUCCUUCCUGUGGGCUGCAGCUAAAUGUAUCAAACAUUUUUUACUCACUACAAGCAUGCAUAAGCCCCUUCAAAGUUUAACUGCUGAGCAUCGGCCUCUUCUGAACCUCUUAGAGAAGCGGAUCAGGAGUGUUGGUGUUUCGCAGUCCAUUGAUCUAUCAAAGAGGAAGACACAAACUGCUUUGUAUGUCCUCCAUCGCCUGCUCGAUCACGGGGUGGCUAAAGAACUCAUCGUACAUGUGCAGUGUCCUAUUGGGCUAGCCUGGCUCCUACAUGGGCGGGGUUCUCAUUAUGUAAACCCUGAGCUGAAGAACCUAAUGCAAAGUAGGGCAGACUGUGUUACACAAGCCACUUCAGCCAGAAUAGACGGAGCCAGUUUGAGUCCAGGUUAUGGGACCAGGGCUUCAGAAGAUCAAGAUGAAGUCACUCCAUGCAAACGCUCAAAGCUGGAUCCUGUGUCUGUGGAGGAGGAGGAUUGUGGAAAAGCAAACUUUACUGUGGACCCGCAGCUUCUCUGCCAAACCUUCACUCCAUGUGAUGGUCCCUCAGCAGGGGUUUGUCCAUGGGGCCAGAUUAAUUGUCUGGAGAUCAGGCAGUGUGGGUCUGACUCCCUGAGAGUGCUGAACUUCGCCCUGCCCACAUUUUUCUGCCUUCGCUCUCUAAGUCUUCACAGCUUUUCGACCUUCAGGGACUUGGAUGUGUUGGGCCUGGCCAGAGCCCUGAAGCAGCUUUCUGAGAGCUCCCGCAGCUCCCUCACUGAUCUGAGCAUCAGCGCCCUGCCGUACACCCAGCUCAUGGAGAUUCUGCUGGAUGCAGUCCCACAUGUGACGUCCCUGCAUGUGGAGAUCCAGGCUGUGAUGUGGGGUCCACGCUUCUCACCACAUCAUCCCAGGACUGCUGAGGCAGACAUACCAGAGCUGCCCCUGGAGAAGCUGACCGUCAAGGUAGCUGAGCUCCAAACAGAUCUGCACUUUAUCACAUCUGUGCUGAGACGCUCUCCACGUCUGACCUCACUUCACGUAGCUGGGAUGAGAUUACCAACUGGCUCCUCUCAAAGCCAACUGCUCACCACUCUAUCAGAGUCUAAUCACUUCUUGAGGAGUCUGAACUUGGAGGACUUGAAGCUGUCUGAUUGUCUCCCUGAGAUCCUAAAUCUGCUGAGAGACUGCAAGUUGGAAGAACUACGCUUUAGCGACUGCCGCCUUCUUGAGAAGUCGAGCGACAAAGAGGAGAGUUUGCAGCAGCUGGUGGCUGCUCUGAAGACGCUGCCUUCUCUCCACACACUUGGCCUUGCUCAGAAUCGGCUAGCCAAGAACGUGUGCGUGCUGGCAGAGCUGUUCUCAGGAUCUUCACCAAGCUCUGUGAAACGACUGGACAUCAGCUCCAACUUCAUUCAGCCUGCUGAGCUGCUGGAGUUUGCUAAGAGUUUGAGGACACAUUGUCCCCCACAACGAUUGACCCUUGACCUCAGGAAAAACCCAGGGGAUCGAGACUCCGACACGUGGAGCACUGCACUGAAGAGGCUCCGUCCAUUCUGUGUUCUACUGGUGGAAGGAUGGAAAUCCACCGACUCGAUGGCUGACCACAUCAGCAACAUGUGAACAAAGCUAGAGCAACAUCUAUAGAAGUAGAAAGCACUCCCUGUAGGAGUGAGCAGUGGCUGGAAAAAGCUCUUGAUGCAUAAUUGGUCGUUUUCUUGUAAGAGAAGAGUGACUGUGGUACGUUUAGUUCAGUUCAGAGAGUUCCAAAGGUUCCAGCGACAACUUUUCACUGUUCAAGAAAACCCUCAGAACAUCAUAGAAACCACACUGGAAGCAUGAGUCACUCCUCCACUGUCCAUCUGAUGUUCACUACCUCUGAAUGGUGAACAUGGAAGUAUCUGAGUGUACGUACGUACUGAGCAUACGGAUGGACAGCAGAGAGUGGCUGAAGCUGGAGGAGUGGCUUCAUAAGUUCUCAUAGACACUGACAUUUAGUUUCUAUCAGAAUUCCAGUUACGGUAGAACAUCCAUCAUUUAGCUUUGUAAUGAGAUGGGACACAUUUCAUCACUUCUACGUAUGUUCCAUUUAUUAAAUGUAGCGUUUCAUUUGUUCUUGUGUCCGCGCGCACAGCGGCACAGUUGAAAGUAAAAGAGCAUCCCGUGUUUCUUUGACAUAUGAAUCAUUUAUUAAGCCAACGUCCGUUACACUUCCAGAGUAUGAGUGACAGUGGACAUUAAAAUACAACUGAAAAACCUGGAGGAUUGACACUGAGGGGAGGAGCAGUUUCACAGCAGCCGGCUCACACCUUCUCUUCAUCGUCACGUUCCUCAAACAGCAUCAACACGACUACCAACUCAUCAUUAGUAGGAACUGAGUAGAAAAACGCAUUAAAAAGAGCUUCAUCUUUUU